UCGUCGGAGUCGAACGCACAAAACCUCGCGAUUCGGCCCCUGAUCGAACCAGCCAGGAGACUCGAGACACCAGGCCAUCGACACGGGCAGCAAAGGAUCGCUUGAAUUUCACAAUGAACAAGCUGGCAAACAUGCGUCACUGGCCCGAGCGGAUGAGCCCUGCCAACUUCAGCAUGUCGCGGGCAAAUAUGGGCAUGCAGGCAGCCAUCAAUUCCCGAAGAGACAUUGUAGCCCAAGGUGCACCUCCGAUACCACUGCCACCCGUCGUCGACGGCCCUAUUCACUACUCUUUCAAUGUCCCGUUCGCCUCCGACCUUGCCGGGCCAGACACCGAGGACAUCUUGCAUGCCACUGCGGAUGCUGUACUCCGAUGGACACACCCCGAGGAAGCUCCCGACGACGUCCCCGUUUACGAACUGCCCGUGCAUGCCAUGCACCUCGCUCAGUUGCGCCAGCUCUGCAGGGACGUCACGUCGAAUCCAAUGCCCAUUGAGGCCCACGUCAUCUCGACCACCCCCAAGAAUGUCCGUGGCCAGGUCACGACUGUGUGCCUCUCCGGCGCGCCCGACGUAGUUUAUCAGACUAGGGAGACCAUCCUGAACCACACGCCCCUCUCAUUGCGUUGCACAACGGUCGUCGUGGACGGUCAUCUCGUUGCCAACCUCUCCGAGGGCGUCCUGAAGAAGUCGGUGACAGAUUUCUUGGACGAGACAUCAGUAGCUUGUGGCGUCGACAUCUUCCUGCUCGGUCCCAAGCUGACCCCCCUGGUGGGUGGCUUGAACGGUGACGUAGAGUUGCCGAGGGAUCAGCGCUGGAGAGUUGCCAUCUACGGUGACUACCUGGCCUCUGAACAUGCCAAGACGCGCGUGCUCAUCCACAUUGACCAACUCCUCGGGAGAAUUGUCGAUGCCGUCAUGUUCGAUGCCUCCAUGCAUCAACUGUUGUCUGGCCGCAACCGCAAGAACAUCAAGCUGAUCGAGUCCGUAACGAACACGGCCAUUUAUUUCCCCCCGCCCUUUUCAGGGUGUUACCGCUAUUGUCCGCCGAAUGCCCAGCGCCGGGAUCCCAACCAAGUCUUCAUCACGGGCGAGACGCCCCAGGCCAUCGAGCAGGCCAAGUUCAGGAUCCACGAACUUCUCUCCCGCAUUAGAUUGUUUGCGAAGGAUGUCCCUAUCCCUGCCGCCAAGAUCGACAGCAUUCUGCUCAGCCGGAUGGACAAAGUCCGGAAGAUCGUUGAAGCCAACGGCUCCUUCAUCAUGUUUCCUCCCCUUGGCUCCAGAAAGGGCAUGGUACGUGUGCAGGCUGUUGAGAACUUGCAUGUAGAGCGCUCUCUUCGUGAGCUCAUGGCCCUGGUCGGACAAUUCUACACUGCGUCGUGGAUCUUUGUGCAGCCGGAUGCUCGCCAGCCUAGCAACCAAGAUAUCAGGACAAUGCUUGGUGAUAUCUGCGCCAACUCGGAUGCCGAUGUCUCCUUUGACAGACAAUCCUUUUCUAUCACGGGCUCCGACGAGUCGGUCAAGGCCGCCCUGCUAGUCAUCGCCCAGAUCAAAUUCGCCGUUCAAUCUCCAUACCAGAUCCGCGUUCGAAUUGAGCUCGCCAACGAGCACAAGGAGUUCGUAAGCGGCAAGAAGAACGGCAAGAUCAACAAGAUCAUGGGUCAGAGCAGCGUCCAGAUCAUGUUCGAUAACUUUGGCGAAUAUAACUUCAACAUUGAGGUUAUCUCUCCAUCGUUCGACUCCCUCAAGCAGGGCUUGACCAUGGUGGAGCAGGAGAUGCCGGCAUCCAUCUCCUUCCACGUUCCCGACCAGUACCACAAGCGUAUCAUCGGCAUCGGUGGGCAACACAUUCAGCGUAUCAUGAAGAAGCAUUCUGUCUUUGUCAAGUUCUCCAAUGCCAUGGACCGAGGCGGUAUUGGCCGGGAGGAUGAUGACAGCCGGGUUGACAAUGUCAUUUGCCGCACGCCGGCUCGCAAUGCGCAGAGUCUUGAGCUGGUCAAGACGGAGAUUCUUGAGAUGGUCGACCGAGCGGACUCCGAGUUCACCUCCCAGGUCGUCAGCGUCGACCGUCUUUACCACCGCCAGCUGCUCACGCGGCUGCCGGAGAUUGAGGAACUAGAGAGAACAUGGAACUGCAAGAUCGUAUUCCCAAGCACCGAGCAGGCGAGCGAUGAAGUCACGGUCACUGGUCCUCAGUGGCUUGUGCCCAAGUGUAUCGACCAGUUUUUGGGAAUGGUUCCCGACAAGCACGAGGUCGUCUUCGAACGGUCGGCUCCGCUGAUCAAGUACCUCGAGUCACCGGAAUUCGUCCAGACGAUCGUCCCCAAGCUCCAGAGUCAGUACGAGGUUGAACUUACUGUGCAUGAGAAGCCAGACGAGCGUACUGAGAAUGGCUCGCCGACGGUCACUCUCCUUUGGACGUUCACGCGCAACAAUGCGGGCGGCUUGCGCGAUGCCAUGGAGUUCCUUGAUACAGAGUUUGCCACAGCGGGAGUGGAGCCGGUUGUUAUCAAGGGUGCCAUUCCCCGUCCCAAGUCGGACACCUUCGAGGAGUCCCUGCCCUUUUUCAACUCGAAGCUGCUUCAGCAUGCGCCCACCGCGGUGUCUACCGACUCGCCUACGAGGCCGUCUUUUGGUGAGGAAGUCGCCCGCGAGCGGAGCAUCCUUGCUUGUCUACGCAAGCCGGGCAGCAUGUCGUCCAUUUCGUCGUUCCUGGAUCGUAGAAAGAACAGCUCGCAGUCGGCGGCCAACUUCUUCAAGGGCUCCAGCAACGUGUCCAAGUCGUCGCUCAUCUCGAUUGAGUCGACGAGAAGCUUCAAUGCCGACCGCAACCCGUGGAAUGACAGCGGCGUCAACCUUCCGGACGAGGACAGCAACCCGUGGUCCUCGGGCCAUGUUUUCGGCAAUGGCGUUGACAAGCUCACGGUUCCACAGCCCGGCGAUGCCACACCUCGCCAUCAUGCCCGGCAGUCCGCCGAUAGCGGACGCCCAUCUACGUCUCAUUCUACCAGUUCAGGAUACCCCGGCCCUCUCGUAGGGCCAUUUCGUUAGAUUCCCCAUGGUUCGGCUUUGCACGGUUUUAGACGCGGAUCGUUUUAACGUCAGUUGCGAGGAAAAGAGAGAAAUACCCCAACGGCUGGAUAUACCCCUGGCGCAAAAAUACCCUGGUAGUUGCUCUUCUGCAUUUGGUCGGUUGCGAGUCUUUGUUUCUUUCUGAUUCAAUCCAUUCAAAGCUUCUCAGUUUUGCGGUUUACAGUUUCAUGUUUGGCAUGAUCGAAGGAGACUCCUGUGUGACUUGUUGUGGAUGU